CUCACCGCAGUCGCCGUGAUGUUCUCCUCCUCGUCCUCGCGGAGCUCCGUGAUUGGCGGCAACGCCGGCGGCCAGGGGCGAGCAUCCUUCGGUGGAGUUCGCGGAGGCAUGAGCUCGUUCAGCAUGGUGGGAGGAGCAGGAGGUGUUGGUGUUAGGGUCUCCAAGGCCAGCAGGAUUUUCUCUGCCGGCGGCGGCGGCGGCGGCUACCACUAUGGCAGCGGAGCAGGUGCGGGUUUCGGCGGCGGUGUGGGAUUCCGUGGAGGAGCGGUGGGGGAGGGCAGCGUCAUCGGCAACGAGAAGUUCGCCAUGCAGAACCUGAACGACCGCCUGGCCACCUACCUGGCCAAGGUGUCGGCGCUGGAGGCGGCCAACGCCGAGCUGGAGCUGAAGAUCAGGCAGUUUUUGGAGAACAAGGUCGGCCCCAAAACCAGGGACUACAGCGCCUUCUACGCCACCAUCGCAGAGCUGCGGGGCAAGAUCCAGGACGCCAUCGCUGCCAGAGGAACCGUCAUUCUGAGCAUGGACAACACCAAGCUGGCUCUGGACGACUUCAGGGUCAAGUUCGAUAACGAGCUGUCCAUGCGUCAGUCGGUGGAGGCCGACAUCGCCGGCCUGAAGAUGCUGCUGGGAGAGCUGGGGGCGACCAAGACCGACCUGGGCGUGCAGAUCGACAGCCUGAUGGACGAGCUGCUGUCCAUGAAGAAGAACCACGAGGAGGACCUGCUGGCCAUGCGAGCUCAGAUGAGCGGUCAGGUGAACGUGGAGGUGGAAGCCGCCCCUCAGCAGAACCUCAACAAAGUCAUGGAGGAGAUCAGAGAGCACUACGAGGGGGUCGCCGCCAAGAACCGCAGAGAACUGGAGUCCUGGUUCCAGGCCAAGUCGGAGACCCUCAGUCAGGAGGUAGCAACCACAGAGAUGACGUUGAAGUCAACGACCUCGGAGGUGAAGGACGUGAGGACUCAGCUUCAGGUUCUGGAGAUCGAGCUCCAGUCACAGCUCAGUUUGAAAGCGUCUCUUGAAGCCACACUGGCCGACAUCCAGGGCCGCUACGCCAUGCACAUGAACAGAUACCAGAUGCAUGUGAGCGGUCUGGAGGAGCAGCUGGUGCAGCUGAGGGCCGACCUGGAGCGUCAGGGACACGAGUACCAGAUUCUGCUGGACAUCAAGACCAGGCUGGAGAUGGAGAUCGCCGAGUACAGGAGGCUGCUGGACGGAGAACAUUCAGUCCCGUCCUCUUCCUCCUCCCCCGGCGCCACUGUCAUCACAAAGGUCAUCGAAGAGGCCAUGUGAGACCAAUCACACGUCUGUCUGACCCGGGCUG